ACAACACAACACAACACAACACAAACAUGGCAAUCCUCAUUACCUCCAAACAAUCCUCCCUUUUCAUCGUAUUCAUAUCAAUCUUAACCUAUUCAACUCUCUCCCACGAGUUUUCAAUCCUAGGAUACGCCCCAGACGAUUUAGCCUCCAUUCAUAAAGUCAUCAACCUUUUCGAAUCAUGGGUUGCUAAACACAGUAAACUCUACGAAAGUCUAGACGAAAAGCUACAUAGAUUCGAGAUCUUCAUGGACAACCUUAAACACAUCGAUGACACAAACAAGAAAGUCAACAACUACUGGCUUGGACUCAACGAGUUUGCUGACAUGACACAUGAAGAGUUCAAAAACAAAUUCUUAGGUCUCACCCCUGAGUUGAAACAAACCGAAUCCAAUGAAGAAUUUAUAUAUAAAGAUUUCGUUGAUAUGCCAAAAUCGGUGGAUUGGAGAAAAAAAGGAGCCGUGUCUCCGGUGAAGAACCAAGGUCAAUGUGGUAGUUGUUGGGCGUUUUCAACUGUGGCUGCUGUGGAAGGUAUAAACCAAAUCGUGACAGGAAAUUUAACCGUGUUAUCAGAACAGGAACUGAUUGAUUGUGACACGAGCUUCAACAAUGGCUGUAAUGGAGGUCUCAUGGACUAUGCAUUUGCUUAUAUUACGAGAAAUGGUGGGCUUCAUAAAGAAGAAGAGUAUCCUUAUAUCAUGAGUGAAGGCACAUGCGAUGACAAAAAGGAUGUAUCAGAAAAGGUGACGAUUAGUGGGUAUCACGAUGUGCCUCGUAACAACGAAGAUAGUUUCUUGAAGGCACUUGCAAACCAACCAAUCAGUGUCGCGAUUGAAGCCUCUGGUCGUGACUUCCAGUUUUACAGUGGGGGUGUGUUUGAUGGGCAUUGUGGGACCGAAUUGGAUCACGGAGUAGCAGCCGUUGGAUACGGGACAACCAAGGGACUGGAUUACGUGAUAGUGAGAAACUCAUGGGGACCAAAAUGGGGUGAAAAAGGAUACAUAAGAAUGAAGAGAAAAACCGGGAAGUCCGAAGGGAUGUGUGGGCUCUACAUGAUGGCUUCCUACCCUACGAAAACAAAAAACUGAUAAAUGUCAUAAAACUUGUAAUGUUUCCGUUUCUUGAUUUGUAAACUUUUACGAGAUUUCUAAAUAAAAACAUCGCAACAUAACAAAAGUUACACAUAAUCAUUUAAUAAAUCGGGCUCUUUAAUAACACUUUUUUUGAACCCACGAAAGUAAAAUGGACAAACUAAAGGGGAAUAGGGGUGACAGGGGUACCGGAGUAGUUGGGUGUGAUAUGUUUCAUGACAACCACUUCGAGUAUUCCGGUGUUCCGGAAGGAUGGAACGGUCAACCGUGGGUCAACGCGUCCAGGUAGGUUAAAUAUAAUGUUGAAGUUUCCGGAAGGUGGUAGUUGUUGGAGUUUUGGUUUGUAUUUGUUGUUGGAAUGUUUGUUGAUAAAUUCGCUUUCUUGGAUAACUCCUUCGAUUUCGACCCGCCCGUCAUUACGGAUAUCCAGC